GGAGGGGGCGGGGCGAGGCGGGCGGACCAUAGAGCGGGGCGGCCGCCGGCAGCGCAGAGCGGCCCCGGCUCGGCGGUGACCCGCAGCCAAGAUGGCGGCGCGGAGGCCCCGCCGCGCCUCAGAACGUGAAAGUGAUGAUGAUUCCUAUGAAGUGUUGGAUCUAACAGAAUAUGCAAGGCGUCACCAUUGGUGGAAUCGUGUGUUUGGCCGCAAUUCAGGACCAAUUGUAGAAAAAUAUUCUGUGGCCACACAGAUUGUGAUGGGCGGAGUGACUGGCUGGUGUGCGGGAUUUUUGUUCCAGAAAGUCGGAAAGCUUGCAGCAACUGCAGUAGGUGGUGGCUUUCUUCUGCUUCAAAUUGCUAGUCAUAGUGGAUAUGUACAAGUUGAUUGGAAGAGAGUUGAAAAAGAUGUAAACAAAGCGAAAAAACAGUUAAAAAAGCGCGCAAAUAAGGCAGCACCUGAAAUCAAUACUCUAAUCGAAGAGUCAACAGAAUUUAUCAAACAGAACAUCGUGGUCUCCAGUGGAUUUGUUGGAGGCUUUUUGUUAGGCCUUGCAUCGUAAGGACCUGAAUCAUCUCUUCCUGAUGGCAUUCGUGUCAAAGAACAGUUGUGGUGACACACACGGUCAGAAAGCAGUGUGGGUCACCGUGCCCUCCAGAGCAAGACGAGUGGAAUAGAUAGAAAAUUUGGAAGCUUUCACAUUUUAGGCUUUUGCCUCUUGAAGCUUGGCAGAACUAGAAUUUGCUGAAAAACCGCAGUGUGCUCAUUAUAGCAUUUCUGGGCAAAACUGGUUCAUCUUCAUCAUGACUCUUUUUAUCUGUGACCUUUCAAGAUCUAGCAUUUUUAAAAUGCUAUUCUUGGAAUAUAGAUAUGUAAGCAUAUUGUAAGAAAGCUCCAUUUCUAUGUUUUCAAGUAAAUACUGUUAAUUUUAAAAGUAUUUUUCUUCAUGCUGUAGUAGAUAGUAUUAAUGACUACAUACUGUACAUGAUACUGUAGUUUCAGCCCCGUGGCUGCCUGUGUUCUUUAGAAGUCACUGCAAUAAUCUAUAAAUCUGUAAUACCUUUUUACAGAGUAUUAAAUAACAAAGAAUCAUCAGCUCAUUAAAAGUGAAAAUUGACUUUGA